AUGGCCACUGCAGUUGCGUCAGGGUCAUUGAUACCCCCAAAUCCAACGUUUGUUUUCUCCUUUCCCCUGAAAAAAUGGACAUCAUAUGUCCGGAAUUUAGAAGAAAGAAUUAAAGUCGAGCAACUAAAAGAAGCGCUAACCGAAAUCUUCUCCGAGUACGGUUCAAUCCUCGAGAUUGUUGCGAAAACCAACUUAAAGGCGAAAGGUCAAGCAUUCAUUGUGUUUGAUAAUGUUGACUCUGCUACCCGCGCCAUUGAUGAGGUUAACGGCUUUGAGCUCUUUGAAAAACCGAUGGUUUUGGAGUAUGCGAAAACAAAAAGUGAUGCAACGGUGAUGAGAGAAGGAGGUGACGAGGAACUAGAGGCUCACAAGCGGAGGAGAUUAGCUGAGAAAGAACGCAAGCAAGCACAGGAGGCCCUGGAAGCCCAGAAGAAGCUAAAACGACCUGCUGGUGCUGCUGGCACAGCUGGCGGACCAGAUUCUCGCCCGGCAAAGGCGCAAAAGGGAGCUGGACUCAAACCUACAGGAGCGGCUGCUGCACCAGUCAUUCCUGACGAAUAUUUGCCCCCAAACAAGAUUUUGUUCUUAAGAGAGCUACCCGAGACAUACGAUGCAGAUGGUUUGAGUGCUAUAUUUGGAAGGUUUCCCGGCUUUAAAGAAGUUCGUAUGGUUCCAGGGAGAAAGGGUAUUGCAUUCGUUGAAUAUGAAAAUGAAUCUGGGGCGAUCAGCGCAAAGGAGGCUACGUCUGGCAUGGCUCUCGGGGAGAACGAAAAGCCGAUCAAAGUCACCUAUCAGAGGCAAUAA